AUGCAAGGCUAUAUCAACUUGACAGUGCAAAUGUCGAAACUCGCUCGUUUACUUUUCCCUCAACCGCAACACAUUGGUCUCACGUCAUCGGUCUCUGUAACUGAUCUGUCCUUGGCUUACUUUGACGCUCGAAUCGGAAAUAAUGCCGCUCAGGUCAUGGCUGUGCGCUCUAUCGUUAAGCUGCGCCAAGGAGCGGCCCCAUUCAUCAUUUUUGGACCACCAGGAACAGGGAAAACGGUCACGGUUGUGGAGGCUAUUCGGCAAUUGCUCGCGCGCAACAGUCAAGCAUGUAUCCUAGCUUGUGCGCCGAGCAACAGCGCUGCGGACAUUCUCGCUCAGCGGCUCAACAUGUUGGAUACGGAUCAGUUGUUCCGCCACUGCGCUGUCUCGCGAAAACCGGAUGAGGUGCCCAAUGACUUGCGCUCAUUCACCUAUUUGAACAAGCAGGGAAACUUCUCAGUACCGCCCUUGGGGAAGCUUGCGCAAUUCCGGGUGAUCGUAUGUACAUGCGGUUCUGCGUCAUUCCCAUAUGGAGUCGGCCUCCAUUUCAGCCAUUUCAGCCACAUCUUCGUUGAUGAGGCCGGGCAGGCCAGCGAAUCCGAAGUGAUGACUGCAGUCAAGCCUAUGGUACUCCCAUCUACCCAGGUCACUCCCUCGGGCAAUCCUGAACAGCUGGGCCCCAUCCGAUCCACUGUAGCCCGGGAGCUUGGCUUGGGUAAGAGCUAUCUCGAGCGGCUCGUGGAACGAGAGUUGUAUCAACCGCCAACGGGGCGGAACAGAUCCUACGUCAAAUUAGUCAAGAACUUCCGCUCGCACGUGUCCGGCUCUCCGAGCAUCAUCAAUGCCUACCUCGGAUUGAGGCAUCUGGAGAACCCGAAGUUCCCUGUUGUCUUCCGCGCUGUUUCCGGCAAAGAUGAUAGAGAAGCCAAUUCUCCCUCUUAUUUCAACGUCGACGAGAUAAUCGUCGGAAAAAAGUACAUCACCGAUCUGCUCGCUGACCGGCGGCACCCGAUCGAGAAGAACGAGAUCAGAGUGAUCGCCCCAUACCAUGCACACGUACGCAAGUUCCGAAAGGCGCUCUCACAGAAAGUGGCAGGAGCUUCGGUGGACGGAGACGAUGCGGUGAAGGUCGCCAGUGUGGAGGAAUCCCAAGGCGACGAACGGAAGGUGGUCAUACUCUCUACCGUACGCAGUAGCCGUGACCUGCUCGAGUACGAUGCACGCUAUGCGUUGGGAUUCGUCGCCAAUCCGUGGCGGUUCAAUGUUGCUGUCACACGAGCUCAAGCCCUCCUGAUAGUAAUCGGCGAUCCAUCAGUGCUGUCGCCAGAUCUGCUCUGGAGGGCAUUCCUCAACUACGUGUACCUCAAUGAUGGCUGGCACGGCGAGCCCAUUACAUGGGACCCUCAUGCACCGGUGGAUGACAACGGCGCGUUUGCACAGCAGCUGCAGCAGAACAGCCUGGCACAUAUCACGACAUUCAUGCAGCAGACGCAGGAGUUGGCUGGCGAUGAAGAGGGUGGGGUGAACGGCGCUGAUGUCGAGGAGGGUGCUGCCAACACGGAGCAUGUGCAUGGCGGAGUUCAAGAGUGA